CUCUUCAAGGCCUGGAUGCGUCAGCACGCCAAGCAGUACCGCCUCCCGGAAGAGUACCAGCGGCGCUUGCAGAUCUUCGCCAGCAACAGGGCGAAGCUGGACCGCCACAACGCCCGCAACCACUCCUUCCAAAUGGGCCUGAAUCCGUUUUCAGACAUGACGUUUGAGGAAUUCCGAAAGCGGCAUCUCUGGCACGAGCCUCAGAACUGCUCGGCCACCAAGGGCAAUUUCGUGGGCACUGCUGGGUGGCACCCGACGGCUAUGGACUGGAGGAAGAAAGGCAACUAUGUGACACCGGUCAAAAAUCAGGGUCCUUGUGGGAGCUGCUGGACAUUCUCAACUACAGGGUGCUUAGAGUCUGCCAUCGCCAUCGCCACUGGGAAGCUGCUGAACCUGGCUGAACAGCAGCUGGUCGACUGUGCCCAGGGCUUCAACAACCAUGGCUGUAGUGGAGGCCUCCCCAGCCAGGCUUUUGAAUACAUCCGAUACAACCAAGGGCUCAUGGGCGAGGAUGCGUACCCGUAUCGGGCCAAGAACGGCACCUGCAGGUUCCAGCCCAGGGAGGCCAUUGCCUUCGUCAAAGACGUUGUCAACAUUACGCUGAAUGAUGAAGAGAGCAUGGUGGAAGCGGUGGGGAGCCACAAUCCGGUGAGCUUUGCCUUUGAUGUGACAGAGGACUUCAUGCUCUACAGAAAGGGGGUUUACUCGAGCAAACGCUGUCAUAAGACUCCGGACAAAGUGAAUCACGCUGUCCUGGCUGUGGGCUACGGGGAAGAGAACGGCCUUCCCUACUGGAUUGUCAAAAACUCCUGGGGCCCAAAGUGGGGCAUGGAUGGGUACUUCAACAUUGAGCGGGGAUGCAACAUGUGUGGUCUUGCUGCCUGUGCCUCUUACCCCAUCCCGCUUGUCUAGGCGGGGUGG